AUGAUACCCGGGGCGGCGUUGCCGAGUCCCUAGGGAGGCUUCACCUGUUAAGGGCAGAGCACAGUCAGCAGAGCUGCAGGGCGCCCACCUAUUCAGCGGGGUAACAGCCGGUUUGCACGGACAAUAAGUCUCCAGCCGUGCCCCGCGCAGGGACCCGACGCCGCGGGCAGCCCCGGCAGCCCCCUCGCCGCCUGUCCCCCUCCCGCCUGAGGGCUGUUCCCGGGUGCCGGCCGGCGGUGCCCUGCAGGCGGCCGCGUGCCCGAGCGAGGCGGGGGAGCGUGAGGGCGGCGGCGGCUCCUAGCCUCGAGGCCUUCGAUGGAGCCGGCCGGCAGCGCGGGCGUCCCGGGCUCCUCUGCAGGAAUAAAAGACAGAAAAGAACAUCAAGCAUGGUACUUGAAAAUAUCAAAACUGGCACUGGCUUUGGCAAUUAUCCACUCAAAGCCUCCAGAAAAAAGAAGCAAAGAAUACACAGAGCAUCUUGCUAAAAUUAUUUCUGGACAGGAUUUUAAAUGGAGAUCAAAAGUUAAAGCAUUAGAAGCUGAAGUCCUUAGAUUACGUCAGGAGCUUCUUUUGAACAAGAUCUGUCCAAGAUUCUGCUUGGAAAAUAGAAACCCAGAUGCCUUUACUGAAAUUGUGCUGGAUCAGGAACAAAUAAACCCUAUAAUUUGCUCAAGUCAGCUAGAAGAUUCUGGGUGUGAUGUAUCUAGUGACUGUGUAUUUGAUACUGUGGACUCAUCACAUAACUUUGAGCACUCCGAGCAUAGUUGUAACACAUCAUCUUGUACAUUCAAUUCUGAAAUACUUCCCAUAUUGAAUACCGAUUGUACUAGCAAGGAAAAAACGCUGGCUGCUCACAUGCAGUUCUUGCAACAUCUCCUUGAACUAAGAAAACUGACAGAAGCAGGAGGUCUGAAAACAAUCUUUACAAAGCUUGAAAGCGACUGCUCCACAAUAUCAGAUUCUGUCUCUCGAUUGCUUGAUGGCCUGCUUACUUUUUACAAGAAUCCUAAAUUUCCUGUCUCAAAUUUUCUGACAGAAGCAGUUUCUGUUUUGAUCAGUUUAAUAACUGAUGCUAAUUUAUCUAAUCAUGUUCUGAAAAAGUGUUUUGAGAAGCUAGAAGAAUUUAAGAAAAACCUAGUUCAGAUUAUUUUAAGCGACAGCAAUAUCAAUAGGUUUCAGGUGCAGUAUCCCGUGUCCCACACCCUUGUUUUGCUGGGAAGGUGCAACAUAUUAAGAGAGUCUAUAAUAUCUCUGCUGUUAUCUGAAGUAAAUCAAUUUGCUGAUGAGUUGCAGCAAGCCCACCAGAUUGAGGCCAAGUAUAAUAUUACCCAAUAUGAGAAUAUUUUUUCUCUCUGCAUGAUUUUGGAACAGCUUCUUCAGAAGGGGACAGGAGAAGGUAACGUUUCCAGCUCAGACUAUGAUGGAGAAGAAAAAAACAAAUUUCUGCAGAAUCUUGAUCAAAUUAUUCUCCAUCUUGGUGAUGAAUUCCCAUUGUUUUCUGUUUAUAUGUGGAGACUGGGUGCUCUUUUGAACUCAUCUUAAAUGCAAAUUGUUUAA